AUGUCAGGAUUGGGUUCGGAUAUCCAGGCCAGAGCCGGUGGGAACGAAGGGAAUGACGACAAGUACGGGAUUGUCAUCGACUCCGGCUCCUCGGGGUCUCGAAUUCAAAUCUAUCGGUGGAAAGAUCCCAAAGCGCAAAUGCAAUCUACAAAAGAAGCCACCAUUCUUCAGUCGCUUCCGCUGAUUUUGCAGGAGAAGGGCUGGAGCAAGAAAAUAAGCCCCGGGAUAUCGUCCUACAACACCAAGGCCAAGAUCAAGCAAAUAUGGAGCCAGCACUAUUCGGAGUUGAUGCGGUUUGCCGAGCUGAUCAUCCCAGUGGAAAAUCGACAGGAUACGCCUGUUUUUGUAUUGAGCACGGCAGGAAUGAGACUACUUCCAAAGAAAACUCAGGAGGCGAUAUUGAGCGAGACCUGUUCCAGUAUCAGGAAGAACACGGACUUUUAUCUCCCGGACUGUGACUCGUUUGUUCAGACUAUAGAUGGGUCGACCGAGGGGAUAUAUGGAUGGCUAGGCUUGAACUACUUGAUGGGCCUGUUUACAAAUUAUAACUCAAAGUCAGCCACUCACGACUCCGUGGGUUUUAUGGAUAUGGGAGGAGCUUCUACUCAGAUUGCCUUUGUUCCAUCGUCAGCGGAGCAAAUCGAGAGUCACAAAAAUGACUUGUCUCGAGUCACUUUGAGAAACAUCAACGGGGAAACACAGGACUGGAACGUGUUUGUUGCUACUUGGUUGGGAUUUGGUGCCAAUGAGGCCCGCAAACGAUACAUUAGUCAAUUGAUCUCGUUAGCCAGCGUCAACCCGGGUCUUCAAAACCACAUCAACGACCCCUGCUUGCCGAAAGGAGCCGUGUUUGACCAUGUUCGAGAAGGCCAAAAGUACGUUGUUGAAGGUGUGGGAAACUACGAACAGUGCAUCAAGUCCAUCUAUCCAUUGCUAAUGAAGAGCAUUCCGUGCCAAGACGAGCCCUGUUUGUUCAACGGGAUCCAUGGCCCCAAGUUGGACUUUACCAAGGACAAGUUUGUUGGGAUAUCCGAGUACUGGUACACGGCAAACGACAUAUUCCAGAGCGGCGGCGAGUACGACUUUAAGGGUUUCAAUGUGAAAGUGAAGGAAUACUGCGAGAGCAGCUGGGGCAAAGUCUUGGAACAGUCGAAACAGGGACAUUACUCGGGAUUGAGCGAAGAUUUCUUGAAAGACGCGUGUUUCAAAGCCAGUUGGGUGAUGAAUGUGUUGCAUGAAGGGUUCGAGCUACCCAGAAUAGGCUUUGAGUUGGAUCUGGACGAGAGCCAAGACGAAAACUCCAAAAAAAUCAUGAGCAAACACGUUCCGUUCAAAUCGGCCGACUCAGUGGAGGGCGAAGAACUAUCAUGGACAUUGGGGAAAAUCUUGCUCUUUGCUUCUUCGCAAAUAGAACCUGCAGCAAAGGACAAGAGUCAACCUGUAAUUGGGAUUUUCCCAAGUGAGAUAUCGGGACACAAGUUCAUCCCGGGAGGUGCUUCCAAGAGUGGGUACACCCUCGACGAUGAUAGCGACGACGAGCAAGACGGAGCCCUUGGCCACUUUAUCUACUCGAUUAUUUUCUUUUUCUUGCUUGCAUUUUUCAUCUACAAUUUUGGCAAGGGCCAUCUUGGAAAAUGGGGGAAUGGGUUGCGCAGGUUUGAAGUUCCCUUUGAGUUGAAAAGAAAAAUAGGCUCGGCUGCCUCCAGGGUAGGUUUUUUGAGGAAAUAUUUUGGUGACAGAGGUGCAGCAUCGUAUCAACAGCUCGAGCAAAUCAAUUUGGAAGAAGGAGUGGGCGGGGUCAGGACACAACAAUCGCCAAAACAAUCGUCAAACUCCACCCUGCAUCUGUCUACUUUCUUGAGAACAAGGCUGGCAAUCGGGUUGAAUGACGAGUACGAAGCAGGUGCUCAACGCAGCGCUCCUCCAGACUAUCACGAUGCUCUGAGUCCAAAGCAUUUCAAUCCGCGUGUCAAUAAUUUCUUGAACAAGCCCUUCAUGUCGACCAAGAAGAGCACUUUUUACCCCGGUGGCACCAACAACAGCAAAGAGUCGCUUCGAAGUCCGAGCGGUGCAAGCAUCACUAGAUCAAAAAGCUCUUUGGAGUAG